GAUUUUAAACGCAGUGUUUAAAAAGUUAAUUUAAAUAUUAUUUGCUUAACAUUUGUUUUACAAUGUGGCGGCGAGUUUUUUAAAUAACAAUUCAAUAAUUCAAGUGCGAGAAGAGAAUAAAACGCAGUAAAAUAAUACGGUGUAUCGGUUGUGGACGUUCUCACAUACUGAUUUACGUUUUUAUACCUGGCGACAAUCAAACGCUCAAUUUUCUUCGCUUUCUGUUUGAUAGUGUUAUCGUUAUAUUAUGUUUCCUUCACUACGAUAAAAUAAGUUCUGCUUGUGUAACGUGAAUCGAGCUAGUGAUAAAAAUCUUCCCAAUGGGUUGUGGUUAUAAUCAUUAUCGUGUAUUCUUGACCUAGAUGUGUCGGUGUUUUUUACGUGAAAUUAAAAUAAAAGUAAUUGACUAUGGAUAGGCUCAAGCAGAAACUAAGAAAAUCUUCAAAUGCGAAGGAAAAAUACGUGGCAGACGUCAUGUGUAUAAAAGAAAAUAUAAAAAUCAGGGAAAUAUUACGAAAUGUAAAAAUGAAUAGCAGUAUGCGUCUAAAGGCACCCACUGGGAGCAAAGUGAUGAAUAACACGGAUUACAGUGACAGUGAAGAUUUUGACGGUAGACUAAAGAAUGAGAACGAGAUCUUCCAACCGCCAUACGCUAUGAACCACGAUGUAAUUUUGUUAUAUCCAGAGUACGCGAGCGCCCCCAGUAAUUUAAAUGAACCAACUAAUCACGAAUCACAUCGGACAUUGGAAAGAUUAAGAAGUAAUUCCGAAGCAAAUUUAUCAAAUAGUUUAAAAAAUGUAUGCCAUUUCGAGAACAAUAAACUGGUUAAACUAGAACCAGUUAAACGUAGCGAGUCUAUGAUUCCUGAUACAAGAUGUAUUAGUGAAAUUUUACACACUUCCCUACGGACCAGGAAGAUGUCGCUAGACCAAUCGGUUUUAGAUCGACGAUUCACCCAAUCAGAAUUAGAUUUACACAGUGUUGGUAAACUGCCGUUGGAACGAAAAUCGUCCUUUUUCAGAAAAAAGAUGGGCAGCUUCUUUAGGAACACAGCACAUUUAUUUAAAAAAAAGUCUUUAAUGAACAAUAAUUCGACGACGUCUUUGCAGUUCCUGGAUGAAAAUGAUUUAGGAAACGAUGAAGAAAUUGAAAAGGACUAUUCGCAAUUACCCAGCCCUAUAGCUGGUUGCAAAAGUGAGACCAGUUUGAUAUCGGAUUCUACGGUCACCAGUACAUCAAGCAAUGCAGUACAAAAAGACCAAUCUUUAAACAUGAGUCCAGAAAAUAGCACGUCCACUGUCUCCACUCAAAAUAUGUCUAAUAGUAUCCUUAGUUUAAAUGAAGAAUACAUUCAAGAAGCGAUGUUGACGCCGAGGGCAAUUUCUAUGAGUUCUGGCUUGGAUAGCACUAGCGACAGAUGCGGCAGGAAAUUUAAAGCUAACAGAGUUACGUGGCUGGCCAGCGAGGGAUUAACUAAUUAUUUCAGGCGUGUUAUUCAAGAUGAGAAAAGUAAAGAAAAACAUAAGACUUUUCAUUCACAUCAAGAUUUUUCCAGUAUACCAGAAAACGAAUCCUACGUUUCGAGUCUGAAUAUGGGCCGAAGGCUCUCCUACCAACGGGCUGUUUUCGGAGAGGAUCCGGUGUCAUCAAUAAAGUAUCAAGAUUCUUUAACCAGGCGAAAACAUAUCAGUAAUGAUAAGAUACAGGCUCACCUGGAGCUACAGAACCACUUAGCCGAGUUUUCGAAUAGCGGCGUGCCGUCCUUACAAGGUUUCAUCCCAGCAGCCAUUCCAGAAAACUCGUUCUCCUAUCUGAUGUGGUCAGAGCAAUCAGGAAAUCUUGAACUAGCUUGCGAUUGGAAAACUUUGGAUGAAAAUGAGCAAAAGAAGCAAGCCGUUGUUCGGGAGUUGGUUGAGACAGAAGCUAACUAUAUUCAACACUUGAUGGUGAUCGUUGAGGUAUUUAUUGCCGCGGCACACUCACUUCAGGACAGCGGUAAAAUGCUCGAUGUUGACACAGCAAAGUUAUUUUCAAAUAUACCCGAUUUGCUUAACGCAAAUUUAGUAUUUUGGAACAUAACAUUCUAUCCUAUGGUUAAAGAUGCCGUGGAAAACAAAACUCCUUAUAAGGUCGAAUUAAUGGCUGACGGAUUUAGUCAUUUUCACGAGAUCUUUCAGCCAUAUGAAAAAUAUAUGAGUGAACAGGCCAAAAUGAUGACAUAUUUGAGAUUUAUGCAAAACGACCCGGAAUUUUCCCUGUACCUUAAUUGGUGCUAUACGAACAAAUCAUGUAACAGACUUCAAUUAUCCGACUUACUUGUUAAGCCUAUGCAACGGCUUACAAAGUAUAGUCUUAUACUUCGUCGAGUCGUUGCAUACGCUAAAACAAAUGAAGAAUCUGUUACACUAAAGUCUAUGGAAAAUUUCGUUAGGGGUUACGUGAUUGACUUAAAUCGGUCUAUGCGUCAACGUGAUGAAUUAGAGAAACUUGAUGAGAUUUUAAACUCUGUUGAGCCGUACGAAUUGGAAUUUAAAGAUGAGGAAAUGGAACGUGCUUUCAGGACAUAUUGCUCGUUAAACUUAAAAACAACCGUACAAAAUUCAACUGAAUUGCCUUUGCGCAAUUUAGUAUACGAGUGUAACUUGCGAUUUAAGGAUAACAUAGGAAAGGAGAGUGAAAUAAAACUAUUUCUUUUGACGGACGUGAUGUUAAUUUGUAAGAAACAGUCGAAAGGGAGUGCAUUGCCUUAUAAAAUGAUAAGACCCAAAAUAUUUUUGGAAAGACUUGUAUCUUGGCAUAAAUCAGCAAAAAGCCAGAGCCAAUCAAAUAGUCUCAUUUAUGUAAUUGUGGACGAAACUAAUUCAGCAAUUGGAUGUUUUACGCUAAGCGAAUCUACGAAAGAUUCCACUCCAUCACAAACACUUAAGACUUUAGAAAUAAAAAUUAAAGAAGCUCGACUUUCCCACUCAUUAUUAAUUUGGGCAGCCUUAAAUCCAUCACGCGACCUAAGUGAGAUAGAAUCAAGUGAUACAUGUACUAUGAAGGUGAAGAAUGCUGAAGAUAUAGCUAUUGAGAACGAAGCUCGUGAAAGAGUUGCGUGCAUGUUACACCGAGGCAUGGGCGUGUCGACUGAUGAGUGUUCACAAUCAUUCACCACCGAUUCCAACGAGGAUUUUGGAAAGCGAUUUGUUUUAGCUGCCGGGGAUGUUGCCAGUUAUAGCCGAAUUGGCAAUCAGAGACACUAUAUGCAUCGGUUAUCAACAGCCAGCUCACGACAAUCUCGUUUGUCCAGUUUCCAGCAAUCACUCAGUGCCACUUCCCGGGACGAACCGCACCCGGGGCCAAGCAAAAUCAUAAACCGAGCAGGCGGCUCCCUUGAACAGCCGGUUACGUCAAUCACAGUAAAUUUGGUCAGUGAGACAGAAACACCAACGGAGCAGGAACCUUUGGUAGCGGAUGGGUUAACGCUCCAUGUUACGCCAGCGCCCGAGUCGCCACACUCCUUGUCACCCCACUCGAACAAUGUUUCCGUUUUGAGCAGCCAUCCGGAUCUUAAUCCAAACGCAAUUACUCUUACUCUAAGAGCUCCGUCAGCUUCCGAGAGACUAUAUCAAUCACACCAGGAACUUCUACAGCGCAACCGUUUAGCAGCAUCACAAUCUUCUCAGUUUUUAAGUCCUGACCAUCGUGGAAGUAGUUAUCCACCCCCAAGUCCUACAAGGGCGUCAUUAAAACGGGGGUUAGCAUUCUCUUACUCAUUCAAAAAUCCGCCUUUGAGCAAGAUGGGGAAUGUCCAUAGUCAGUCGCAUGUGGACGCCGCAAUGUAUGCAAGUCAGGGUCAUUUGGAAAGACAGCCAAGUCCUAGUACAGUCGAAAAAAGCGACAAAAAACAUAAAGAUUUGACAACCAGAAACAAGGCAACUUCAAUCACAGAUCCUGAAGAAUCAGCAGUCAGCUCUACUGUACCUACUUACCCCUCUGUUCAAGAAAAUAUUAGUGAGAAUGAAACACACAGAGGGGAUGAUGGGAGUAGAUGAGAUUUAGCGGGGGAGAAAUCCUCCUGAUGUUGGUGUUGUUAGGCGAUUGACGCUUAAGUUGGUACGAGAGAAACGAGGUGUAAUGAUUGAUGUGAAUUCCAGCUUAGUAAAUAGGGAAAUCGUUUGCAAGUCUAUGAAUUAUUAGGUUACGCUACAGCCUCUAUUGAAAACAAAACUGCAGUAUGCCCUUAUUAUUAAAAACUAAAUCAGUACUAGUCGAUAAUAAUACCGUACUAGUCGAUAUCGUAUUAACCAGAGUAUUAUUUUGUCUCUUUCUAACAAAUUUUGUUUAUGCUGUGAUGAAAAGAGACGGACGAGUCCUCUAGUUCAAACUCUAUUAGAUCGGUUUAUUUUUUAUAAAUAUUGCUAACAUCUUUUUCGAUUAAAGUGUUUUAUACAUACUGGAAACGAGGCAGCAUAUCCAUACUAUGUAUGUAGUACGUUUCAUUGGAAUUAUAUCAAUUUUCAAGUAGUCGAAUGAAGUAUAAAAGAUCUAAUAGUGAAUUAGGUAAGUCAUUGAAAAGACGUUUUUUAAAUUAUAAACUAGUUUAUGUAUUAUACGUGAUUUUAGGCAAUUAACUUUUAACUAAGAAAAACUGUGCCAAAUCGCUUAUAGUGCCAGAGGGUUUUUAAAUAGAUCUUAAGGUAGGUAUAUCGUAUUAAUGUGAAUAGUCACUGUAAUUGUUAUUAAAUAUUAAAUUGUUAGCAUAUACAUUGCAUUAAAACAUAGUAGGUGUCCAGUGCGAUCAAAUUAACUUUAAUCAACGUUUCAUAAAUUAUUAUAGGAUAUUAUGUAUAUAAUAUUGUCGUAGAUUAAUGUAAUUAGAAUUAUUGUUACAAUUGUAUGAAUACUUAUAUAUAAUGAACUGAAGUUCUGGUAUAAGCGAAGUAGUUUAAUCCGUAUUUUGUGGUUUUAUUAAAUAUGUAAUACUCUCGUAAUCCAAAUCAAUAUUGGAGUGUAAGAUUCAAAAGCUUUUGGUAAUACAAUUAUGGCUUUAGUAUGCAUUCACAGUAUGCAAUGUGAUAAAAAAAGUUUAUUUAUUUAGGGCCUGUUUCACAAUGUAUGGAUAAAGUGUCAAAUAGCUAUGCAAAACAUAAACUAUUCGAAAGAUAAAAGUUCCAAAUAAGAUACUUCGAAUUUCAUGACGUAUAGCGCUAUCUGACAGUCGUGAAACGCAAAAAUACUAUUUAUCAUACCUAUAAGUAACAGAUAGCUUAUUUGGAACUUAUCCGGACAUUGUGAAACAGGCCCUUAGACUUGUAUGUAAACUGUCAAAUAGUGUUAAAAUAAAUUUCAUGACAAUUAUAUAAUUAGUCAACGUAAUCAUUGUGAAUAAACUCAUCUAUUAAAUAUAAGAUGUACAUCAUUAAUAUUUCAUUAACAACAACAAAAAUAGUCUAAAAGGUGUUCAGGUUCUAAGCAUAUAAUAACUAAACAAAAUAAAAAAAAGUUAUUAUAUGUACAGUAAAGCGGGAUAAAAAUAAAUUAACAUGAACAAAUUUUCAUUCAAAUCAAAAUCACUAAUGUUAAACUCAUGUUUAACUAACCAUCCAUGUCUUCAUCAAGUAUUAUUUUAUAUUAUAUAUAUAAAUUUUAAAUGUACGUAUAACGUACAUAAAAGAAAGACAUAUAGUGAAAAUACUUAUACGAAGCUUUAAGGAAUUAAUUAACUGGCCUUUGACCCGAUAGUGAGAAUUGAGAUGUAAAUAUAUGGGUUACUUCGAGUUGGACUUACUUUAUAGUUAGACAGUAAUUUAAAUACACUAGGUGAUAAUAUAAUUAAUUGUACGCAUUGUAUAAUGCACCAUUUUAUCGAAUACUUCUUGUCUUAACUGUCCUUGCCCGCGAGUUUUGUACUCUCUUCUUUGAGAUACCGUGUUAAGCGAACUCAACAUGUAUAAUUAAAAUAGGCCCUUUUAAAUCGCUAAUGAAGUCGAAUACUUUUUGAAUAUCAUUCAAUAGAACCAUUUUUAUUAACAAUAAGUAUGGACCAAUGUUUAUAGGGUAUAUAUAAAAUUUUACAAAUCAAUAAAUUUCAUGAAAACGGUUGUGACAAUUUGAUACGAUACAUUUAAUACUCGUCUUCAUAAGAAUUAUCUGAUCUUACAUUACUUCACAUAUAUGUAAAUGCAUUGGUACAUUAUCACCAUACAGUCCCAACAUUGUGUGGGUACACAAUGUAAAAUCCGUUACUGUCGCUAACUUAGGAUAGCGCGAUAAAAUAAUUCAAUACUAAAGUUGACAUACCUAUAUUUGAACUUCUGGCUUGCAGGCGAUGACGACGAUACAGGCAAUCUUUAUACUGUAUUUGUUCAUUGUGCUGCUAAUACCAAACCAUAUGUAUGACAGCUGCGGAUUAUAUUAUGUAGAAGCGUAAUGCAGGUUAAAUAAAAUUAUUCAGUUUUCGAUCAAACUUCGAACCUCAUUUAUGCCGUGAUGAACUAAUUACGUAAUAUUCAUAAUAGUAAGAUUUGCUGUUAAUAUUAUUAAUGAUUGUGGUUUUAAACGCGUGUGUUUCUUCGUAAACAGAAAUUAAGUAUUUACAUUUUAAGUGUCAUUUGAAUGGAUAAUCGUUUCAGAAUUUUGAACAGCACAAUUUUGCGUGUUGAUGUUGCUUCUUCUGUUUACGUCUAGUUGAUCUCAUAAUAUACGUUUCAUAUAUAAAUAAUAUUGCUUAUAUUAGCCGAGCUAAGUACUGCAACAUUAGUAAAACUUCUGGAUAUUGGAAAAUAAACAAAAAUUCAUAGGAUUUUUACGGCAAUGCUUGCUAUAUGAUACAUGUAAUACUUAAUACAUACUAUAAAUAAAUGUUAUUACCGUUAGCAUUUUUAAUGUUUUUGUUAUCCGUAAUGGUAAUUCGUGUAUAAGCUUUGUGAAUUCGGAUGUUCCAUAGCUAUUUUGUAUUCAUUCUUUUCGCUAAAUAUAUUUGUAUGUAUUUUUUUCUGUUAAGAUUAAUUGAUGUUGAGAUUUUAUUAAAAUGGUGAAGUAUUUGGUCUAUAUGACAUUACAUGUCAUUAGACAUUUGUGUAGUAAAACCAUUAAACGGGCAUAAAUUAUUUAAAUAGAUUGUUUUAGUCAAAAGUAAAGAGCAUUUACGUGUUGUGACUUAUCAAUAGUGAAAACAUUAAUAAACAGUUUGUUUUGUAUGGUAU